AUGUCGCAGCUGAGCGCCGCCAGACAGCCACUCAACCCUCCCGCCUCGCCGUCCGCAGACAUUGAUGAGCUGCCCCCGUACCUGCGCCGCCAUGUGCAGGUCGGCUUCAACCACGACGACAUUACCGCCCUGCUGAGCUCCAUCGAGUCGAGCCAGGCUGCCUCGUCGUCGGCAACACGGCUGGCCCUCCUCCCCACCGAAAUCCUCCUCCACAUUCUCGAGUACGUGCCCGUCGACCACCUUCUCGACUGGCGCCUCGUGUGCCGCGGCUUUCGCGAUGCCAUCGACGGCCAGGUCCUGUACCGCCAGCUGCGCCGCACCAAGCUGGUGGGGUACAUGGGCCCGCGCCACGAGCGGCCCAUGGACACGCUCAGCGACACCGAGUACGAGAAGAUACAUCUCGUGCACGCUCGUUUCCAGCGUGUAGAAAAGAGCCCCGAGCAGGAAACGGCGACGGGCCCCAGAGCCACCAACACGCCUGUCUGGAGCCACAAGUACGCCGUCUUCAGCAUCGACGACGCAUGGUACUCUGAUUUCCACCGCAUUGGCGGCGCCGCAGCACGCCAGGGCGACACCAUCGAGGAUGCCGAUGCCCAGUGGAUGAUUACCCUGGACCAGCUCGAGCUGUGCAGGCCCGAGGACGGCUUCGGCACCCUGCGAUGGUGCAUCUGGCUCGACGACGCAGUGCUGGAUCUCGACUUCCCCGUCGAGGAUGGCCGCAUGCACUUUGACGUCGACGUCAACCUCAACCAGCGGCGCAUCCGCGUAGCAUGGAAGGACAUGCUCUUCCGCUUCCUGAAGACGGAGCGCGCACUGCGCAUGCUGCUUGACGAGAAACGCAACGAAACGUUUACCUUUAGCCACAGCGAAGACUGUCUCCGGCUGCUGCGCCGCACGCGGCUCGCGGCGUCGCUCAACCCCAGCGACAAACUCGACCGGCACACGCGCUGGUCGCUGCGCCUGCUGCACCCACUCUUCGGCCGCCCGGGCUCGCACGCGCACGCCACGGCCCUCGAGACGACCGAAGACAACGCCCUGCACAUGCUGCUGCUGCUGCGCCGCACCGCUGCCAUGACGACGCGCCAGCUCGCCUACCUGGCGACGCUGGCGGCCGAGUACCGUGUCAUGGAGGUCCGGCUGCGCUCACUCGACGAUGCCUUUGCAGAGUUCAAGUCGUAUCUGUCCAUGCCCGGCUUUCAGAUGAACAUCUUGCUCCCCGCCAUGAUCACCAAUGCAGGACACUUGCCCAGGAACCCGGUUGCGUGGCCGGACGACCUCAGGGCCAAGAUCGAGGUGCAGGUGGAGAGGUGGAAGGCUCAGAAGGCCACGGUCGACCAUCUGACGGCCAUGCUCGAGGCAAGCAACCAGGCCAUGGGCGUGCCCGACGACAGCUUUGAUCAACUCGAGAGUGAUUUUUAA